AUGCCUACUGUAACGAACGGCACCAGUGUCUCGGCUCUAUCUCAGCCUCAAGCCCUUUAUAUCGACGGCGUAUACCAAAACAGCUCGGACAAUGCCACUUUCCCCGUCAAUAAUCCCAUGACAGGGGAGAAGAUUUACGAUUGCGCUUCUGCCACAGUGGAUGACUAUGCCUCGGCCAUUGAAAGUGCUCAUGAAGCCUAUGCCUCAUGGUCAAAAACAGGACCCUCCGCGCGGCGGCUGAUCUUUCUAAAGGCAGCUGACAUUCUGGAAUCUUAUAUCAACACCGACGCGCCAGAGAUCCUAUCCUCGGAAGUAUCAGCUACCAAGAGCUGGAUCAAGGUCAACAUCUUCGCAACUGCUGGUAUCUUUCGAGAGUCUGCGGGUCUGGCAACGCAUAUCAAGGGCGAAAUCGUGCCUGCCGAUAGACCUGGCACUACAAUCUUGGUGGCCAGGGAGGCAGUUGGCGUUGUCUUUGCGAUAAGUCCGUGGAAUGCACCGGUAAAUCUGACAGCAAGGGCGAUUGCUUGCCCUAUUAUCUGCGGCAACACAGUCGUUCUCAAGCCUUCAGAGUUCAGUCCCAAGUGCCAGCAUCUUGUGAUCAAAGCUCUCACAGCCGCCGGUUUACCCAAAGGGGUGCUCAACUUCCUCCCCACGAGCCCGGAACUAGCUCCUGAAGUCACAGAGUUCGCUGUGAAGCAUCCAAAGGUCUUGCGUGUGAACUUCACUGGUAGUGACAGGGUUGGCAAGAUCAUUGCCGCUUGGGCUGUAACAUGUCUGAAAAGAUGUGUGCUUGAACUAGGCGGUAAAGCCCCGGUGCUAGUCCUAGACGACGCGAAUAUCGAUGACGCAGUUGAGUCGGUCGUCUUCGGGGCACUAUCCAACAGCGGGCAGAUCUGCAUGUCGACAGAACGUGUAAUUGUUCACAAGUCGAUCGUCAACGAGUUCAAAGAGAAGCUCCUUGCUCGCGUCGGGGAGCUCAAGACUGGCAAUCAUCUGGACGACAGUGAAGUCUCUAUUUCCGGUCUCUUCACACCGGCAUCGGCGACACGUGUUCGCGACUUGAUUCAAGGAGCAGUUGAUGGCGGCGCCAAGUUACUGACAGGCGACUUGAAGAUCACUGGGCCGAACAAGACCAUCAUGGCGCCGCACAUUCUGGAAGGGGUCAACAGCGAUAUGAACAUCUACCACAAGGAGUCCUUCGGACCAACCAUGUUUAUUGCCGAAUUUAACACAGACGAGGAGGCUAUCGCGCUGGCCAAUGACAGCGAAUUCUCCCUGUGUGCGAGCGUCUUCUCCCGCGAUGUCUUGAGGGCAAUGGAUCUCGCCAGACAGGUGAGGGCUGGAAGCUGUCAUGUCAAUGGGCCAACAGUGUUUGUUGAAUCAACACUGCCCAACGGAGGUACCGGUGGCAGCAGUGGCUACGGGCGAUUCGGAGGUAUCGCUGGCGUGGAGGAGUUUACGGAGCGCAAGAUCAUUAGUCUUGCACGGCCAGGGAUGAAAUAUCCCUUUUGA